CUUAUAUAUAACACACACACAGGUUACUAUUAUAUUAUAUUGGAAUAUAUAAGUAUAUAUACAUGAUAAUCGAACAGCAAAGGAAUGUUGCGAAUAUAAUCGAUAGUAAGACAAUUUUACCAACAAUAAAACAAUCACGUUGUGCAAACGAAAAGACGAAAAAAAAAGAAACUGAUAUAUUACAUAUGUGCGUGUAUGUGUGUGUAUACGCUAAUAAUAUAUACAAUAUCGAGUUACUCGAAUAAGUAAAAAUUUCGUAUAACAUAUAUACAUAUAUAUAUACACACACUUACAUACGCAUACAUGUAUACGUACCUUAAAAAAAAAAAAAAAAAAAAAAAGCGGCGAGUAUAUUAGUCCCAUCGUUAGUCAACAGGUAUCGCGUAGGGCGAAGGUAUACUCGCGCCGUUCCUGGAUAGGUCGCGUGAAGUGCGACGAGGAUAGGUAGAGGCGGGGAUGGUGGGGGGUUAGAGGAGAGGUGGUACGGCCCCUGGCGCGCGAUGGGCCAGUCCUGCGCGUUACCUCGCCGGUCGCUUGGGUCGACCGGCUGCCUCAGUCGACAUUCGACCGUGCAGCGCGACGUAUAUUAUAGUUGGAUAUACGACGAGCGGCGGUCGCUGUAGUACAUAAUUCGCGAUUGCGGCAACGCGAUAGUAACAGGAACACGGUUAGCGCGCGCGCCAGCAACACCAGCAGCUGCCCGUACCAUCAGCUUCUUGUUUUUCUUAUUCUUUUUCUUCUACCUCUUUCUCUUCUUCUUAUUCUUUUUCUAUUCGACGAUUAUUAUUAUUAUUAUUAUUAUUAUUAUUAUUAUUAUUAUUAUUAUUAUAAUUUUAAUUAUUGUAAUUAUUACUAUCAUUACUAUCAUUAAUAUUAUCAUUAUUACUAUUACUAUUGUUAUUAUGCUUGACGGUUUGGAAUCAAUCGUGAAUAUAUCUCCGAUUGGUAAAAACGAGUUAUUUGAUUUUUAGCGCGCAAUCGGUUCGCGUUUGAAAUUACGAAACUGACGAAAAGGAAAGAGAGAGAGAGAGAGAGGGAGGGAGGGAGGGAGGGAGGGAGAGAGAAAGGAAGAGGAAGAAGAUACAGAGAGAAAAAGAGAAGGAGAGCAAGAUAGUAGAAGAGGACGAAGAGGAGGAAAGAGGGAGAAAAGAUCAAGUGUCGGUAGUGGCAAGUGCGCGGGUGUUUCGCCGAUCAAAGUUGGAUGAUUUCUAAAGGUGUCUCGUUCCAUCUAUCGGCCCGUUUUGUUAUAUUUUAAUUGCUGUCAUCGGUUCGUCAUCAUUAUUAUUUUAUUCAUCGAUUACGACGAAACGUCGACGAAAACGUUCGGGGAAGCCAGCAAGCAACGGAAUGUGGCACGAGGAGGGCCGACACGAUCUCGGAAGCUAUGCCGGCUGAGAGAGUAGUAGAAAGGGGAGACGGAAGUGGACCCACAUUGCAGCCACCUUAAGGAGUUCGCGUGGGAGCUUGGGUUGGCGAAGGUUGGCGGGUGAACUUCGCGUUAUACUUCGUUGUACGAUGCCGAUGUCGUUCGGAGCUCAUCAUCCACAUCGCUGGUUCCUCCUCCUCCUCCUCCUUCUCCUAUCAGAUCGGCGUUCCUCAAGCGGUAGUCCCUCUCCUGAAAGAAAGUGGCCCAACAUUUAAGGGUUACCAUUGCGAAUCCACGUCGUCGCCAUGGUGGACCUUCUGUGUAGCAACUCGUUGAGCCCGGGUACGUAGAGACGACCUUGAGAGAUCGAGAACGAACGAGAAAGAAAGAGACAGAGAAAGAGAGAGAGAGUCAGAGAGAAAGAGAGAGAGAGAGAGAGAGAGAGUGACAAGCAGAAUAAUUUGAAUCGAAAGACAGGACACUAUGUAAGGUGUUAAACGAGAGGACAGCCUUCCGCCCGUGAAAUCAGCGUCGAGUAAUGCUGAAGCAUAUCCUGACGGGGCAACCGUCGUCAGCGGGCUCCAGGCAUCACCACAAUGACUAUCAGACGAGCUCUGGCUCGUUGCACGCCGGCCACCAUCAUCACCAUCAGCACAAUCAACAGGAGCAACCGCAACAACAACAACAACAACAACAACAGCAGCAGCAGCAGCAACAACAACAACCGCAACAACAGCAACAUUACGGUGGCAACGGUAGUUGUGGUACGAUCGCACGUGGAACGUCAUCGACCUCUGCUCGGACGAACGGUAUCGACGUUUACGAAUCAUUGGUUCAUCAAACGUCGCAAAGACAAACGACGGGAUCGUCGAACGUUCAUCAAGCAGCCACGACACCUUCCUCGGCUCAUCGUCAUCCCUUGAAUCAUUCGCAGUUGAGCGUUAACAAUCUCUCCCAACGGCUCAAUCACUCUCACGCCCUUAAUCUCUCGACCCUGUCGACGUCGAAGCAUUCGGUUAACAGUGUCAGUCCGGUCGUUGGUGCUAGUAACAAUGUCAACGGACAGAAUAACAAUAACAAUAAUAAUAACAAUCUGUCGAGCGUGCCUGGUCAGACGAUCGUCGGUGUUCAACUGCCGAUUCAUCAGGAUAGACCGAAGGCGAACGGUGGCUUCGAUAUAUCCAGAUUAUCUAGAUUGCCUAGCCAAACGACACCUUCUCCAGCACCUGCUCUUCAUCAGUCGGCAUUACAGGCCGUCCAACAAAUCGGACACGCUGGACCAACCGUCAUACCUCUCAACGCCUCCUGGUCCUCCUCAUUGUCGAGGAAUCAUAGAUGCCACGAGGCAGGCGUAAAGGAGAUGUUAACGAGUCUUGGACUACUGUGUUUGGUAUCUCUGUUGCUCGCUCUACUUUCCCUGAUCUUCCUAUUGAAGAUUUCACCAUUGACGGUCACGCCGAGUAGCCUAAUCAGCCCGGAGGAGUACACGAUCGUCUACGAGGUGACCUUGGCUUUAUGCGCCCUCGCUCUGUCCUUGAACCUGUGCUGCCUACUGGUCUGCGCGAUACAGUUCCUCUUUGCUGUUAAACUCGUCAAGACGUCGUAUCAGGGACAUCGGAGCAACAAGUACCUGCAAAAGUCGUCUAUCAGCCGUGUCUGCGCGGUCGGAGGCUUUUUCAUUAGCAUUCCAGUCUUCUUAACCGGCAUGAUCCUGUAUACGUUUAUACAGUUUCACUCGACGCCGGCUAUAGUAACGUCUGUCUUUAUCGGCCUCGGCAUUGUAUUCUGCGGAUGCGCCAUGGUCCAUAACGUCUUCGUAUGGCAGAGGGAGAAGACGAACGCGGUGAAGGCACUAGCUCGCGAACAGUGCGAAGCGGCGGCUCAACUGCAACGUCAGCAACUACAGCAAUUACAGCAAAAUAAUAAUAAUAAUAAUAAUAAUAAUAAUAAUAAUAAUAAUCAUAAUCAUCAUCAUCAUCAUCAUCAUCAAUCGCAUCUACAACAACAGCAAUACCAGCUGCAUCAACAGCAGCACCACCACCACCAGCAACAGCAUCAAUUACGGCCGAGUAUUUAUCACAGCGGAGGAUGCGCACCAAAAAUCGGUUCUCUGACGGGAACGAAUUCUAAUACAACCUUGGUCCAUAACAAUGCUGGUAAUAAUCGUGGCUCGCAGUAUCAUCAACAACAACAGCAGCAGCAACAGCAUCAGCAACAGCAACAACAACAGCAGCAACAGUUGCAGCAACAGCAUCAUCAUCAUCAUCAUCAUCAUCAUCGACACAUGUCGUCGCCGAUGUCACCGCCCUUGUUGUUGUCGUCGACGAAUGCUCCGCUCGCAUCUACGCACAGCCUUUUAAAUGUCACCGGUACGAAUCGUAACGUCGUAACACCACCUACGACUCCUGGUGACAGGUCACCACCGAGUCCAAGCAAUAAAUUCAAUAGGUCUCAUUUGACGAGGGAGGCUAGUGGUAGCGUAAGUCCUGGCUUACCAGCAGCUACGUUAGAUCUUAGCAGUGCUGCCAACACCAACAGUCCUCAUGAACUCUCCACGCUCGUGUAAACAAUCGAGACUUGGAAGGGAUUAAUCCCUCCCUCCAUUCGAAACGAUUUUUUGGAAUCUUCUUCUUCUUCUUCUUUCUUGUUUGUUUGUUGGUUGGUUUGUUUGUUUGUUCGUUUAAAACUAACAUCGUUGGAUAUACGUAGGUGCGAUGAAAGGUGUCUUUUUCGAUUAGGAAACACCUAAAAAUUAUAUCUGACUGAUAUCGUAUAUCGUCUCUUUUCUUUUCUUUCUUUUUUUUUUUUUUUUUUUUUUUUUUUGUUAAGCUUCUAUAAGAGUCGACCUACGUGAAUUUCUCUUUUCUAUUGUAAAAGACAACCUUUGUAUGUAUGUAUGUAUGUAUGUAUGUAAGUUCUAUCUAUGUAUGUAUGUAUGUAUCCAUGUAUUUACUUAUGUAAGUACCUAAUUUUACGUAUUAUGCGUUUACGAUUAAUAUUCGUUUAUCGUGGAGAAUAAUUAAAGAGGAAGAAGAAGAAAAGAGAGGAGAACAGAAAAGAAAGAAAAGAAAAAAAAAUAGAAAAGAUAUAAGAAAAGAAGCGACAACAAAACUUAAAACACUAUUUUAAGUUUCGAUUCAGCUGGUACCUGAUUUACGUAUGUCUCAUUGAUACGUCGCGUCUAUCAUUUUUGGAAUUCGCAAAAUGCGAUUAAAAUCCGUUGUUUUUAUUUAUUCUCUUUUUUUUUUCUUUCCUUUUCUUUUCUUUUUUCUUAUGGAAAGAGAAGUUCACCUUGUACAGUGGUUUAUCUUAUCGAGAAAAGAGUUUUUAGUGUCUCUUUUGCUUCGUAUCACGUUUGUGCGAUAGAAACAUCGUUUUAAUCUCUUUGUCGUUUUCGCGUUGGUGCUGGCACCACGGCGAAGUAGAAGACUGUUCGAUUUAUUCCAAGGAAGAAAAGAAAUGAAAGAAAGAGAAAAAAAAGAAAAAGAGAAAGAAAAAGAAAAGAAAAACAUUAUCAACCAGUAUAAAUAAAAUCGUUUGGUCGUUUAUCAUGUAGAUUAUCAUUACACACGAACACCACCGUGAUAAACGUUAAGUUUAUUAUAGUCACUCGUGGGAUCAUUAAAAAAUUCAAUGCUAUUUGUCGUAAUAUAAAAUGAAUUUACAAAUCGAACUAGCGUUAUCAGUUCGAUUAUUUAAAAAUGAUCUUUACCUUACCUCAUCUUCGUAAGAUAACAUAUUAUAUACAUACAUACAUAACGUGCAUUUAUUCAAGAAAUUAGAUUCUCUUAGAAAUGUCCGGUCCUUUUUUUUUUUUUAAUUUUUUAAUUUUUUAUUUUCUUUCUCCGUUCAAUCACGAUCAACGAAAGAUUCUUUUCACGAGAAAACUGCGUCUAAUCUAAAUAGAAGAUAUAUGGUAUACUUUGAUUCAUUUAUAUUUUUGUAUAAUUUAUAAGUUUUUGAGAGAGUCAACGGGUAUUGCCGUAGAAACACCUGUUGCAUAGCGCACGUGCAACUUUAUACAAUCCAUUUUGUAACUUUUACGAAUCGUAGUGUAUAAUUAAGUUAUGUGUUAACUUAAGGAAAAGAAAUGAAAAAAGAAAGAAAGAAAGAAAAAAAAAGUCAUUGUGACCUGUCGAACUGUCAAUUCGAUAAAAAGAAGAAGUUUGUUUUUGUUUCGUCAAAACAAAUAUUAAUUCGUUUCGUUCGAAGAGAUAAAAUGGAGGGUGUUGUGUAAAAAUACGAGAGUGAGUGUUAAUCGAGGCAUCGCUCGUUAUUUAUAUUAUAUACGAACGAUGAUAUGUUGAAGAGAGAGAAAGAGAAAAAACAAAUGUAAAAAGAAAAAUGCUCGUGCAGUUUGGAAAGGUGAGACGCAUACAUGUGUAAUGUAGGUAUGUACAUCUUGCCAUGUUCUUUUUUUCUUUACUUGUGUUUAGUAAAACCUCUAGUCCUAGGUCACUUUCGUUAAUGAGAAAGGCUUAGACCUUAGAAUUCUGACUAUCGCUUGACUGCGCGAUUAAGUAUUUUUUUUUUUUUUUUAUUCGUUACAAAAUCAGAAGGCAAAGGGGGAAGGGUGAAGAAGAGUAACCCUCGAUGCAAAAUCUGAUAUAUGAUAAUGAUUAUUAUUAUUAUUAUGACAGUUUUUUUUUCUUUUUUUUUAGGGAAAUUUAUAAAUCAAUAUACUUUCAUCGUUUUUAAAACCAAGUUGACCGAUAAUCUCAUUGAAGAUUUUAUUAGAACAGUUAUUGUUGUUGAUGACAGAAUAGAAAAAAAAAAUAAUAAUAAUAACAAUAAUAAUAAUAAUAAUAAUGGUAAUGAUAAUGAUAAUGAUAAUGAUAAUACCAAUCUAAAUUCUAUUGAAAUAUUUACGAUUUUAUUUCUUUAUUGUCGUUUAAUUAAAUUAUAGAAGUUAGUAUUCGAAUAUGAAAAAAAAACAGGGCUUCACCACACGUGCUUGUGAGUGAUAGACUGAAGUGAAAAAUUUAUAUUCAGAAAUAUAAAUCUUCAGGCUAACGAGUCGUCGAGCGAAGAAACAAUAUCUAAAUAAAAUUAAAUACGCAUAAUUGUAGAUGAAAUUAUACCUUGUGACUGACUUAAUAACAAAAGUUGCAUUUGCUAACGUGUAUAUAUAAGUAUACCGUUUUUAAUUAUGAGAUAAUACGUUAAAGUAUAUAUGUUAAAUUGGAAACUAUAGAUUUUUAUUAUCUGUUCAUAAUAAAAUGGUAAAAUUUAAAGUUUGACGAAAGUUAAGCAAAAUCUCAAUUUAUCAUACGUGUAAAUAGAUAAAGAAAUAUAUAUAUAUAUAUAUAUAUAUAUAUAUAUAUAUAUAUAUAUACAUAUAUAUAUAUAUAAUAUCUCACACAUUCUAGAGGUAGUGAUUUUGAAAUGGGCAGGGUAAGAAAAUGAAAAUAUGUAAAUUAUAUACAUUAAUAUAAUGUCUAAUUUUUACCAUGUUUGUAAGUAGUGUAGCAAUAAUUCAUUUACAUAUAGUGUGCGAUAAUGCACAAGUAAAUUAUUCGUUGGGUCCACAUGUAAUAUUCAAUAGUACAAAAGUGUUUUAGCUUUAUGUACUACUACCGAUGUAAUAAUAUCGAUAUCGUGGAUAUAUUUGGUUAUGUACCUUUCUAAAGAGAAAUAAAUUAUUCUGAGCAUGUCAAGUGAAACAA